AUGGCCGAACACCAUACACGUUCCAAGACUACCGACCGCCUGGAAGAGGCCAUCAGCCGCCUUACCCAGAACCAGUCCACCCUUACAGACGCUCACCAUGACCUCACCCUUCGUCUCGAUUCCAUCCAGGACCAACUACUUCAACUUCAACUUCACCUCCCACCCCACACUUCCCCUCAGCCACCACCUACUCCACCUCAUCACCUCCUAUACCGCCAUACCCUUAAGCUGGAUGUGCCGCGCUUCGACGGCCAAGACGCCAUGGGAUGGAUCUUUAAGAUCUCCCAAUUUUUCGACUAUCAUCAGACCCCUGAGGAGGAACGCAUCUCUGUUGCUUCUUUUUAUAUGGAUGGUCCAGCUUUGAGCUGGUUUCAAUGGAUGCACCGCAACCAUUUGAUUACUUCCUGGUCUUCCUUGCUCCACGCGCUCGAGACCCGCUUUGCCCCGACAUUUUACGAUGACCCCCAAGGCACACUGGCCAAGCUUACCCACCGCGGCUCGGUGAACGAUUACCUCCACGAGUUUGAACGACUCGCGAAUCGAGUCACAGGUCUUCCCCCCUCCUUCUUGCUUAGUUGUUUUAUUUCAGGUCUCACGUCGGAGCUCCGCCGGGAGGUUCAGGCCUUGCAGUCGGUCUCUCUUCCCCAAGCCAUCUCUCUGGCCAAACUCCAGGAGAAAAAAUUGGAGGAUCGCCGUCGCCCCUACCGACCACGCCCCGCGACCACCACCCCAACCCACUCCACUCCACCACCCCUUCUCCCACUACCCCCACCCACCACCACUCAUCCACCAUUGCCGCCAUCCAAACAACCCCUUAAGCGCCUCACACCUGACGAGUUGGCCUGCAAACGUGAACUCGGACUCUGCUAUAGUUGUGACGACAAAUGGAGUCCCAGUCACCGGUGUCGCGCUCGCUUCUACAUGCUCAUAGCUGAAAACGAUGACCCUGAUAACAAUCCUCUACCCACCCACAACCCCGAACCACCCCUCCCCCCUCCACCGGACCCUGGCCCCGCCCUCAUCAGUUUCAACACUCUCUCCGGGAAUUCCUCUCUGGAGGCCCUUCGCCUUUACGGGUCCAUCAACCACCAACCGGUGACUAUGCUCAUUGACGGCGGCAGCACCCACAAUUUCAUGCAAUCACAAGUGGCCAAGCAUCUCCGCCUCCCCUCCUCCCCCACCUCUCCCCUCCAGGUUACUGUCGGUAACGGCACCGUCAUCCCUUGCACCCAUGUCUGCUACCAAGCUCCCCUCCUCCUUCAGGGCACGACGUUCACCGUGGAUCUUCACAUCCUUCCCAUCAGCAGUGCCGACAUAGUCUUGGGCAUUCAGUGGCUCAAACAACUAGGACCUGUUGUCACUGAUUACGCCUCGUUGACCAUGCAAUUCCACCUCGACGGCCGUCCAAUCACCCUCCACGCUGAUGCCCCCACCACCCCCGCGGACACCUCAUUCUUACAACUCCGUCGUCUCAUUCAGACCCACUCAACCUCAGCCUUCUUCCACAUUUCCCUGAGCCCCACGACCCCUCCCAGCCCCGACACUCCCUCUCCCCGCAAUCCACCACCUUCUUCUCCGAUACUCUCACCUAUUCCAAACCCCCACAAAGCUGAGAUCGAACGUCAGGUGAAUGAGCUUCUAUCAACCGGCCUCAUCACCCUCAGCCAUAGCCCGUUCUCCUCACUGGUGCUGUUGGUGAAGAAGACGGACGGUACCUGGCGAUUUUGCGUCGACUAUAGAGCUCUCAACGCCGUAACCGUGAAAGACCGCUUCCCUAUCCCCACCAUCGAUGAGCUACUCGAUGAGCUUGGCACCGCCACCUGGUUUUCCAAAUUGGAUCUCCGGUAG